AUGUGGUUCUUCUUAUUAUUGGCGACAUUUAUACUGACUGAUGUUGCCAGCACUUCAACAGGCAGAAUACGUCUAGUUAAUGGGACUAGUUCAGCCGAAGGACGAUUAGAGAUUUAUUACAACGGUACAUGGGGAACUGUCUGUGACGAUUUGUUUGAUUGGGCUGCUGCAUUUGUAGUUUGUCGACAACUUGGCUUCAGGACAGGAUUUUCCUUAGGCAGCACUGUAAGUGAUGGAAAUGGCACGAUUUGGCUGGACAACGUCCAUUGCAAUGGCACUGAAAACCGCAUAACGGAAUGCCAGCAUUUAUCAUGGGGAGUUCAUAACUGUGGUCAUCAUGAAGAUGUUGGAGUAUAUUGUUUGGGUUUUAAAGACAUUUGUGGUAUGUGGAAAUAGUGUGUUCUCUUUGGAAAUUACUUCAUCGUUUAUAAUGAAAAGAAAGAAAACAACAAAACAAUAAGUGACUUGAUAGUUAUUGUAGUUAAUAUUUAUACACACCAGACCAAAAUGAUAUCAAACAUGAAAAUAUAUUUAUGAACCGGUAUUGCUAUAAUAUAUAUGUAGUACUUUUCUCUAGCCAGUUAAAGUAUAAACAUAUACCUCAUAAGUCAUAAGUUAGGUCAUUAAGUUACUCAGUUGAGUUGUUUUACAUUUUUCCUGCUGAUGUCCUUUUUGGAGAACUAUACGAUAUGGAUUUACUUCAUUGUCAAAGACCAUAUAAAUGCCUAUAUUUGCUAACAAUCCUUUCAAUGUUUAAUUUUUUGGUGGAGAGUUGUCACAAUUGAAUUUUCCAAUCGAUACAUACAAGAAAUCUUUUAGUUUUACAACUGACCAAAACCUUUUAGAUUCAUCUCACAUGUUUUAUAACUUGUUGAUAAAAUUGAGAAUGGAAAUGGGGAAUGUGUCAAAGAGACAACAACCCGACCAAAUAAAAAAAACAACUGCAGAAGGUCACCAACAGGUCUUCAAUGUAGCGAGAAAUUCCCGCACCCGGAGUCGUCCUUCAGCUGACCAUGUUUAAGAUAAAGACACAAAAGCUAUACCAAGAAUAUAGCAAAAUAUCUUAUGUUAUACAUGCUUAAAUUUAAUAUUAUUAACUAGUUUAAUGUAUCACAAUAUUGCAAAUGAUUUAGAU